UCUCUGCCUCAGCGCUGAGGAGAGCGAAGGACGGCCUUCCUUCUCCGGAGCUCCCACACUUUCUCUAACCCCUGCUGCCACUGCCGCUCCCACAGCCCCACGGAAGGUGAAGGUGACCCCGUUCACAAACAUGAACCCAGAGGAGAGCGAGACCCCCGCCGGACCGCCCCCAUUCACAAGCAUGAAUGCAGAGGAGAGCGAGGCCCCCGCCGGACCGCCCCUUGUCACCAUGAAGGAGCUCACCUUCUUCCCAGUGUGCACCGAGUUCAUCAAACUCACCAAAUUAGUGUCUAGGGACACUGAGCAAGUAAAGAUGGUAGAGAUGAGUUUCAUGGCCAGCAGGGAACACUUCGAUGGGAUAUCGAGUAGAAGUGAGGUCAUACCAGGAGGCAACAUCUUCCGGGUGCAGCUGCGACUCUGUUUAUGGGACACCCAAGGCCCUCAACCGGACCGUCUUCCUCAGCAGUUGAUCAUCAUCGUCAACGGAAAGUUAUGUCUUCCACCCACGGAGGCCAACCAUGAACACGACAACCGCCCCGUGGAUAUCACCCAUCUCGUGCACCCCUCUGACGAAGCGCCCAACAGUAUCAUGCUCCUUUGGUCACUGAGCGAUACACGGGACUUCGCCAUGUCCGUGUGCUUGGUGAAACCACUUACCGCUGAGAUGUUAAUGAAGCAACUGAAGUACAGGGCAUUUUUCCCCUCAUAUAGGACAUUGACCAUGAUCCGGGAGGAGAUGCCGGCAGUCCAUGAGCCCGUAUUUUCCCUCAGAAGAUUCCGCGUCUCCCUCCUGUGCCCGUUGGAAGAGGAACUUGUGUCCAUGCCCUGCCGUGCGGUAUCCUGCAGCCACGUCCAGAUUUUCGAUGCCGUCCCGUUCCUGCAGAAGAAUGAAGAGGAGGAAACUUGGAAGUGUCCAGUCUGUGACCAGGAGAUUCUCUUUGAAAAUCUCGUCAUAGAUGAAUAUUUCUUAAUCGUUCUCCAUAACAUCGUCUGUGAAGAUAUUGACUGUGAAGAGAUCGACAUUCUGUAUGAUGGCACCUGGGUCCCAUCUGACUUCUUCCUGGAUGCAUUAGAAAUCGCUGAGAAACCCGGCAUCUUUGGCCGACAUUGCCAUCAAAUAAACCUGACAGAGGAGAAUCGGUAUGAGACGGUGGGGGAGGUCAGUGGCUCAUCCACAGAAGUUGAGGCCUCCGAGAAACUGCCGGGUCCACACCCCGGGGCAGCUGUCCUGCCCUCCACGAGCACCGCAGGAGAGAGCCCCGCUGAACAGGAGCUGGCCCAAGGCAGUGAAGACCAGGCCCAAGCCCUAGAUGUACCGCCCUGCCCGGAAAAGGAGGAAGCAAAUCUCAUUAAGUUGCCUAAGAGGCUCAAAAGCCUACUCUGCCACCAAGGAAAGAAUAAACGACAACGAAGAAUGUCCAGGAUUCUAUCAGAACUCAGGGAUUUAUUCAGUAGCGUUGAUGCUCCUGGCCCCAGCACCGUCCCAGACGACCCUCCACCUGAUAGCAGCUGGGUGACUGCUGCCACUGCCUGGUUGGAGAGCAGCUUGUCCAUUACAGAGCUGCAAAUGAUGGAUACCUUGGUAUCCACCUUGCCCACCAUGCCCACCACAGGGGUGAGAAUCCCUCAGCAGCCAGCCGGCGAGUCCAGCAGUCUGGAUACCCGCGAUCUUCCCUCUAGCCAACCUCCACAAUAGGUGCCCACCUGUCCCCCACUCUCUCCCUCUGCAGCAUUUUAACUCGCCCAUCUUGACCCCUCAGAACACCUGUGACUUGGCGUAUGGCCUUUGCCAGGCCACCCUUCAGCCCCAGUCCCAGCCCCUGCCCCUGCCUCUGCCCUAGGCCCCUUUUUCUGAAUGGUUCCCACCACCACGCAUCACUGGGAAUAGCCAGAAGCCUUUUCUUUUGGGGCUCAACCCAUAAUCCUGUUUACCCCAGGUUUAUGGGGUUAGGGCCCCCCACUCUAAGGUGCCAUAUCUUGGAUCUGUUCUGUUAACCUGUGUUCAGGGGUGACAGGAGACAGGACACUCAUGUCACCCCUUCUCUCCCUCCCUGGCUUACCCAUCCCCUAACUUGUUUCUUCAUUCUACUUCAUGGUUGGUGGCUAGGGGCCCCAGUUUUACCGUUAUUGAAUUUACUUGGAAUUUUAUCGUAAGUUGGUAGAAAGAAGUUGUUCUUACCCCACUGUCUUCAAUAAAUUUUCACCAUU